UCUGCGGGGGGCGAUGGAGGGGUCCCGCUCGCCCCGGAGCGACGGCGACCGCCUGUGCAGCGCCGCCGCCCGCGGGGACCGCGAGGAGGUGAGGAGGCUGCUGCAAGCAGGCGUGGAUCCCAACGGGACCAAUCGCUUUGGGAGAACCCCGCUCCAGGUGAUGAUGCUGGGCAGCCCGCGGGUGGCCGAGCUGCUGCUGCUGCACGGAGCCGACCCCAACCGCCCCGACCCGCGCACCGGCUGCCUCCCGGUGCACGACGCGGCCCGCGCCGGCUUUCUGGGCACGCUGGCGGCGCUGCACCGGGCCGGGGCGCGCCUCGACCUCCCCGACGGCGGCGGCCGCCUGCCCCUCGACGUGGCGGCGGGGGGCCCGCACGGAGCCGUGGGGCGGUACCUGCGCGACCCUCCGGCCCUGCCGGCAGCCGCGGGGGCCGCCGAGAAGGCUGCGCGCUGACCCCAUCCCGGCCGUCCCGCCGCGUCCGCGUCGCCGCGUUCCCUGCAGCCCACCUCCCCCGCGAGCAGCCCCGCCGCCCGUCAUCAGCGAGCCGUCGGGAAAAAAAUUGGCAAUCAAUUAGUUACUUUCUAGCUUUUUGCAUGUGGAGAUCCCAUUUGCUCAGAAGAUAUAGUCAAUGAGCUUCUUAUUUUUAAGACAGCUUUCUGGCUCUCUAAGCCAGAUAUUUGGAAAUAACAGCAAAUGCCUGAUUUUGCUAAUAAAUCUGGA